UUUUCAGCCAUUAAUUUGAACAACCACUACUACUACAUCACCUUGACCUUGAUACUUGAAUUGGGUUGUGAGGUUAUAGUUGGAAAUUUAAAAAGGUUUGAACUUUCAGUUCACCGAACGUUCUUUGUGUUUCAAUGACUGUUGGGUAGUUGUGGAUCACUAAAUUCAUUGUCUUGUUACUGUUUUCAGAAUCAGAUUCCAAGGAACUUGUGUUUUGUUCUUUCUGAGGUUGUUGGCAAAUUGAGCUGUCAGCUUUUUACUCCUUUUGUGUCUGAAAUUCUCAACUUUUUUAUAUUCGCUGAAUUUUUUCUGCUUGCAAAUGAUUCUGCUGCUGAGAGUUGAAAAUAGUGAUUAUUGCGAUGGGUUGUAAUGGGAUUGAACAUUUGUGCACAGAAGUAGUAGAAGAUGAAAAGGGUCUAAGAAAAAUGGAUGAUGAUAAGUUGGUUAGUGUGAGAGGUGAAAUUAUGUCUCAAGAAGAUGACGGUUCACCUUCAUCUAAGGAAAGGGGAAGCCAAUCAUCCGAAGUUACUUCUUUGCCACACAGAGGUUUGGAACAUUGCAUCACAGCUCCUAUUGGAACCGAGAGAAACCCACUAAUAGCCGAAGAUGAGAUUAUGAUUUCUAGAUCAAUGACAGAAAAGAGAGGGCUUCGAAGGCAUGACCUACUAUUGGACAGACUGUCAGAGGAUGAGAAGCAAAAACUGAUUGCUAACCUAGUGAAGAUACAAAAAGAUGGGACUGUUCAAGUUGAUAUAGAAACGAGUGCUUCAGUUGCUUCAGAGUUGUUAGAGUUCCAAUCUUUUGAAGAGUCGGUAGCGAGUGGAAAUUUUAUUAUUUCUGAUUCAAAUAAAUCAGUUCCACGGUUACAAAUUGUCAUACUUGUGGUUGGAACGAGAGGCGACGUACAACCUUUUGUGGCCAUUGCGAAGAGACUUCAGGAGUAUGGUCAUCGCGUUAGGCUAGCAGCUCAUGCCAAUUUUAAGACAUUUGUAAGGUCAGCUGGUGUAAAUUUCUAUCCUCUGGGUGGUGAUCCUCGAGUAUUGGCAGGAUAUAUGGCAAGGAAUAAAGGUCUGAUCCCAUCUGGACCGACUGAAAUAUCUAUCCAAAGAAAGCAGCUGAAGGUCAUAAUCGAUUCUCUUCUUCCAGCCUGCACAGCACCUGAUUUGGAAACUGGUAUUCCCUUCACAGCUCAGGCUAUUAUUGCAAACCCUCCUGCAUAUGGGCAUGUACAUCUUGCUGAAGCCCUAGGGGUGCCUAUUCAUAUCUUCUUCACAAUGCCAUGGACGCCAACCUAUGCAUUUCCCCACCCUUUGGCGCGCGUUUCUCAAGGUGCUGGUUAUUGGCUGUCUUAUAUAAUUGUGGAUCUACUGAUAUGGUGGGGAAUGCGAGGAAUUAUUAAUGACUUCAGGAAAAGAACAUUGAAACUUGCUCCUAUUGCAUACUUCAGCAUGUAUCGUGGAUCAAUAUCUCAUUUACCAACUGCCUAUAUGUGGAGUCCUCAUCUUGUUCCGAAACCAAGUGACUGGGGCUCUUUAGUUGAUGUUGUUGGUUACUGUUUCUUGAGGCAUGAGUCAAACUAUCAACCACGGGAGGAUUUUCUCCACUGGAUUAAAAAAGGACCACCUCCUUUAUAUUUUGGAUUUGGGAGCAUGCCUCUUGAAGAUCCUAAAAUAACAACAGAUGUUAUAUUGAAAGCGCUAAAAGAGACAGAACAGCGGGGAAUUAUCGACCGAGGUUGGGGCAAUCUAGGGAAUUUGACAGAAGUUUCUGACAACGUUUUCCUUCUUGAGGAAUGCCCUCAUGAUUGGCUGUUUCCUCAAUGUUCUGCUGUGGUGCAUCAUGGUGGAGCGGGAACCACGGCUACGGGAUUAAAAUCUGGGUGUCCAACAACAAUAGUCCCAUUUUUUGGAGAUCAAUUCUUUUGGGGAGAUAGAAUACAUCAGAAAGAGUUGGGACCUGCUCCAAUUCCAAUAUCCGAGCUCAAUGUUGAGAAUUUAUCAAAUGCUAUAAAAUUCAUGCUCCAGCCAGAGGUGAAAUCUCGGACAAUGGAAGUUGCUAAGUUGAUUGAGAGUGAAGAUGGCGUUGCUGCAGCAGUUGACGCGUUUCAUCGCCACCUGCCCGAUGAGCUACCGCUGCCAACUCCAUCUCAUGUGGAAGACGAGGACCACUUAAGUCCUCUUAAUUGGUUUUUUGACCAACUUGCAAAGUGGUGUUGUUUGCCUUGUGGUGGUGUGUAGAUUUUUUAAAUUCAUAUUAUUAUUUAUUCUUUUUACUGAUUUUAUUCAUUACUAAUUAGGUUUUGAUAGAAACUUUCUGUUAUUACAGAAUGGUAGCAUAAUGUUUUGGUUUGGUAUUUCAUUCAUGUAUAUUAGAUAAUAGAUAUUAGAUUUCACCCCUCCCCCUCAAACAUUUUGUAUAGGAGGUUAUGUCAAUUGUUGUAGAUUAAGAGUUGAGAGUUCUACUUACAUAAAGAACUCUGCUAGGUGUUUUUGUUUGAUAGUUGAUGAUGAUGUCAUGCAAUAAUUGUGUAGUCUGAGGUUCAAAUAAAAUUGCUUGUGUUUUUACUUA